AUGUCGUCAGGAUCCAAUGGUGCAAGGCGCAUGGCGUCGCUGCUGCGCCCGUCAAUAGUCGACUCCGGCGUGUGCAGAAGCUGUCAAGAAACCCUUGGCCGACGCAGUUAUGCCUCCGCAGCUCCAGCAGCCACCGAAACGACAUCAGCCUCUGCAUCGACAACCCCCGUCGUGAAGCCCGCCUACACCAUCAACGCCGGUGUGGUCCUCUCCCGCCCUCCCCAGAUCACCCGUGACCUCGAGCCCUUUGAGAAGUCAUACUACUUUUACCAGAAGCGCCUGAACGAGCGUCUGGCCCUCCCCUUUACGAAAUACUUCUACUUCAAGCGCGGAACCCCGGCGGACGAAGACUGGAAGAAGAAGAUCCUCGAGCGCCGGACUGCCGCGCGUGAUAUCGGCAAGUACAACGCGUACGACGGUGAAGCAUGGAACGAUGAGCUUUUGCUCGGCGCUCAAGAGUCUGAGCCUUCUCACCAGGUUGAGACGCUUGUGCAGGAUGCAGAGUCCACCGCCAAUGCCACCUCGCAAGAUACCAGCAAAAAGGAGGAGAUUCCUCGGCCGUUCCCUCGAGAGACAGAAGCAGACAAGAAGAACGACCAGAGGAGUCUGGAUCGUAUGCUUUCCCGCACACUCUACCUCCUGGUUCAGUCCAAGGAGGGACACUGGAAGUUCCCCAGCUCGCCGGUUGAAGAUGGCGAGACUCUUCGGUUGGCCGCUGAACGUACCCUUUCUCAAUCCGCCGGUGUCAACAUGAACACCUGGAUGGUCGGCUACCACCCUGUCGGCUGGCAUGCUUUCAACCCGCCCCGCGCACAGUCAGACAAGAAGACCGAAGUCGAAGUUGCCGGAAGCAAGAUCUUCUUCCUGAAGUCUCGCAUCAUGGCCGGCCAGGCCGACCUGUCUAUCAACACCCAGAACCUGAAGGACUUCAAGUGGCUCUCCAAGGAGGAGCUCCCCAAAUACCUGAACACGCAAUACUACAGCAACAUCAAGAACAUGCUGGCCGACCGAUAA